CCCACAAGCCACAGCGGCACAGCCAGCAGCCGCCGCCUCCGUCGUUCUUGUUCUUCUUCUCCUCAUUUUUUUUUCUUUCGCUUGCUGCUCCGCCAAUUUGAUCGGGUCGAUAUGAAGUGGGAGAAAAUGAAGAGCGGUGAAGGAGACCUCAUUGUACUGCCUCCCAAGAAAAAGAAGAAGGCGAAGGAAGGGGGAAAUCAGGUUGGUACAAGGAACAAGCCUAAAUUGAGCAAAUCACAGAAAAGGAAGCUGAAGAUGAUUGAGGAGGAAAAGGAAAAAGAGAAGCUUCUAACAAAGAGCGUAGAGGUGUUAGAGAAGUACAAGAUUGAAGAUGAUGUUUAUUCACUAAUGUGGUCCUCAAGGAACUUGGGCCAGGUUGAAACUCAUCGUGAGAAACGGAGAAGAGAAGUCGAGUUUUCUAAAGCUGGUUUGGCCACAGACCAUAUUGCCAAAAAGAAGAAGAAUAAUAAGAACAAUGGAAGUCUUGAAGUUGAGCUAGAUGAGGACAGCUUCCAGUCACCAAUGAUAAAUUCUGAUACAUUAGGUGAUAAGCAGAUUUCUGAUAGUCGACUUGGUACUUUUGACGGGGGCAAUGUUUUUCCAGCCAAGGAUGAUGCUGAUGCUGAUGAUACAUUUGGAGCAUCAGUUUCAGAAGUGCAACAAGGGACUAGUCAUUCAUGUUUGUCUCAGGAGACAGCGGAUGGAGAUCCACGACAAAAUCAUUACCCUGAAAAUAAUCUGCCUAGUUGUUCUUCCACAAGGGAUCUUAUUGCUCCAACAGUGGUGCAUGUGUCGAGGCCAAAGGAUGUGGAAAAGCAAAGGGUGGAUCUGCCGAUAGUUAUGAUGGAACAAGAGAUAAUGGAAGCUAUAAAUGAGAAUAUCAGUGUCAUUAUAUGUGGUGAAACCGGUUGUGGUAAGACAACCCAAGUUCCUCAGUUUCUUUAUGAGGCUGGUUUUGGCUCAAACCACUUGAAACCUCGAGGUGGCAUUAUUGGUGUCACCCAACCUCGACGGGUGGCUGUACUGGCAACUGCUAAGCGUGUGGCCUUUGAACUUGGACUUCAGCUGGGUAGGGAAGUCGGCUUUCAGGUUAGGCACGACAGAAGAGUGGGAGAGAGCUGCUCAAUCAAGUUUAUGACUGAUGGAAUCUUGCUUCGAGAAGUGCAGAGUGAUUUUCUUUUAAGACGCUACUCUGUUAUAAUUUUGGAUGAAGCACAUGAGAGGAGUGUGAAUACAGAUAUACUCAUUGGGAUGCUUUCUCGAGUUAUCCAAGAGCGGCAGAGGGAAUUUCUGGUGCAGCAGAAAAGGAUACUGGCUGGGGAAUCGAUUGAAGAUGAUGACAUAAUAUACCCUCUAAAACUUAUUCUGAUGAGCGCUACACUGCGAGUAGAGGAUUUUGUGUCUAAUAGAAGAAUUUUUCGUGAUCCUCCACCUGUAAUAGAAGUUCCAACUCGGCAAUAUCCAGUUACCAUACAUUUCUCAAAGAAAACAGAGAUCAUUGACUAUGUCGGGCAAGCAUUCAAGAAGGUCAUAUCAAUCCACAAAAGAUUGCCACCUGGGGGCAUUCUUGUUUUUGUUACAGGGCAGAGAGAAGUUGAAUAUCUCUGCCGGAAGCUGCGUGGAGCUUCCCGAGAGAUAACUGCACGUCCAUUAAAAGGAAACAGUGAGGCAUGUUCUUCCUGUGAAGAAAAGACUCCAAAAGAAAUUAAUACAAAAGAGAUUACUGAGGCAUUUGAGCCUGAAGGGAACUCUGGUCAUGAUAUUACUGAAAGAUUCAGUUCUUACAUGGAGGAAGAUGGUAAAGAUUUCUCAGAAGAUGAAUCUGAUAUGGGGUAUGAUUCGACGGAUGAAAGUGAUUUGGAGUACUUCAGCGAUGAUGAGAAGCAAUCAAAACCUGUGGAAUCUGAUGAUAAGAUUUCAGAUAUUUUGGGAUCAGAGGGAAAUCUUGCUUCAUUGAGGGCUGCUUUCGAAGCAUUAUCCGAAAAAAAUGAUUCAAGUCCGUGUAUCGAGGUCCAAGCCAGUAAUCAAACAACUGAAGGUCCAGUUCAGACCUGUUUUGUUGACAAACAAGAAGACAAGCGUUCUUCAGCUGGUCCAAUGCAUGUCCUGCCUCUAUAUGCCAUGCUUCCUGCAUCAGCGCAGCUUCGUGUGUUUGAGAAAGUUAAGGAUGGAGAACGUUUGGUGGUUGUUGCAACUAAUGUAGCUGAAACUUCGUUGACAAUUCCAGGAAUUAAGUAUGUUGUCGACACCGGAAGAGAAAAGGUCAAGAAUUACAACUCUUCCAAUGGCAUGGAAACGUAUGAGAUACAGUGGAUAAGUAAGGCUUCAGCUGCUCAGCGAGCAGGGAGAGCCGGAAGAACUGGGCCGGGACAUUGUUAUCGCCUGUAUUCUUCUGCAGCCUUCACCAACUUAUUCCCUGAUUUCUCGAGUGCCGAAAUAUCCAAAGUGCCUGUGGAUGGUGUUGUCCUACUUAUGAAAUCAAUGCAUAUUGGCAAGGUUGCCAAUUUUCCCUUCCCUACACCUCCAGAGACCAAUUCUUUGAUUGAAGCAGAACGUUGUCUGAAGGUUCUUGAAGCACUUGAUGAAAAAGGGAGGUUGACGCAUCUAGGAAAAGCUAUGGCUCAUUAUCCAAUGAGCCCUCGGCACUCCAGAAUGCUUCUUACAGUUAUUCUAAUUAUGGGAAAUGUGAAAGAAUAUGCCCGAGCAAACCUAGUUCUGGCCUAUGCAGUCGCGGCAGCUGCAGCUUUGAGCUUGUCAAAUCCCUUUCUAAUGGAUUCAGAAGGAAGUCACAAUGGUGGAGAUGAUUUAAACGAAGGCGAGGGAGCUAGAUCUGAAAACUCAGAGAACAAAGAAAAAUCAAGAAAAAAGAAACUGAAACAAGCUGCCAAAUUUUCUCGCGAAAAGUUUUCCAACCCCACCAGUGAUGCUCUAACAAUUGCCUUCGCUCUUCAGUGCUUUGAACUUUGUGGAAACCAGAUCGGAUUUUGCAGCGAAAAUUCUUUACACUAUAAGACUAUGGAAGAAAUGUCUAAGCUGAGAAAGCAGCUUCUUCAGCUAGUUUUCAACUCAAGUGGCGGGAAUCUACUACAGCAGGACUUCACAUGGAGUCACGGGUCCAUUGAGGAUGUAGAAAGCGCCUGGAGGGUUCCAUCUAGUAAACAACUUCUUCGGCUCAAUGAGGAAGAGAUUCUGGGGCAGGCUAUCUGCGCCGGCUGGGCUGAUCGGGUCGCUAAGCGCAUCAAAGGAGGAGCUUCAAGUGCCUCGGAGGAUGGCGUAAGAAAGUUGAGCUCAGUGCGCUACCAGGCUUCCAUGGUUGAUGAAACUGUAUACAUCCAUCGCCGGUCAUCAGUUGCUAAGUCGCCGCCAGAAUUCUUGGUCUACAAGGAAUUAUUGCAUACUAAAAGACCAUAUAUUCAUGGCGCGACAGUGGUGAAAUCGGAUUGGCUUAUUCGAUAUGCUCGGGCACUGUGUAGUUUCUCAGCUCCUCUUUCGGAUCCAAAACCUUAUUACGAUGCUAUGGCUGAUCAAGUCUUCUCAUGGGUGGCGCCGACUUUUGGUAACCAUCUCUGGAAGCUUCCUCUGCACCGUCUGCCGAUGAAAGACGACUCUAACAGGGCAGCAGUGUUUGCUUAUUCAUUGCUGGAUGGACAAGUUCUACCAUGCCUGAAAGCUGCCCGGAAACAUAUGGCGGUUUCGCCUGCAAGCGUGUUGAAGCCGGAGGCAUUGGGUCUUAAACGAGUGCACAAUCUAUUGAGUAAAUUAAAUACCGCGAAGGGGAGAAUAGAUAGCUGUGAGAAGCUGAGAAUGUUGUGGAAAGAAAAUCCGGCAGAGCUGUUUCCGGAAAUUCAAGACUGGUUUCAGCAAGGCUUUCAUGUUCAUUUUAAAGAACUAUGGAUGAAGAUGCUUCAUGAGGCUUCGUUGGAUGCCAAAGAAAGGUUCCCUAAACGCAAAGCAGCAACGUAUAAGCACUAGUGUAGUCCCAUGGCAUGAUUCUUUAUGUUCAUGGUGAGUUGGAAGUUAUGCUGUUGAAUUGGAAUCCCAAUCUCGGGUGAAUUUCAGUGCUGAUUAAUGGCAGCUGCGGAAGGUCUGCAGGUGGAGGAUGUUCUGCUGACACCAUGGAAAUCGACCGUGUGGUAUCAAUUUGGAUGCUUGCAUGGAGAACAAAGCAAGUAAAGUUUCUGAUUUCUGAUCAUUGUUCUGUAAUUCUCAUCCGAAUUUUGAUAAAGUUCAUUUACUCGAACAGAUUUUGCUGCUUUUUUCGUCUUUUGAAUUAUAGUUGAUCGUAAGCUCCACCAAUUUGAUGUAAAAUUUACUAGAAACUUUCUGAAAGUAUAAAUAUGAUUUGGUAUGCAAAUGAAAGAGGAAGAAUUUAUGGUUGGAUUAAGAAGUAGAGUGAUAUUCUCUGCCAUGCACUGGAUCAGUGGAAAAAAGGUGGUUGAAAGUCCAUGGUAGCUCCUCACUUAUCCCUCAAGCUCUUCUUCACCUACUGUACAGUACAGGUAUACUCUGAAAACAUCCAAAACUUUCUUUCUAUUGGAGUGUGUUUGUUUUGCUGAUAAUCUUCCUUUCUUUCCAAAACAUUAGAUUGAACUACCAAAUCCUAUGAUACCAAACAGAUAUUUUGUCACUUUAUUCUUCUUACAAGGAAAGAUAUCUGAUGAAGAAACUGCUUCUGGUAACUGUUACAUGUAUAUGUUCAGAUGUUUUCUUUUGGAGGAUUUUCCAUGAUUUACAUUAUUCAUCCAAUUUUU